AUGGCCACGGCGGCUGCAGCUUGUAAUGGCGGGGGGCUCUUGUGCUACAAGGUCCUUUCGGUGAGCAUGCUAAUACUGCUGCUCCGGGGGCUUGUGGAGCCGGCGGCGGCCGCGUGCUCCGUGGACGCCAUCUACAGCUUCGGCGACUCCAUCGCGGACACGGGCAACCUCCUGCGCGAGGGCCCCGUUGGCUUCUUCGCCUCCAUCGGCAGCUACCCGUACGGCCAGACCCUCCGGAAACCCACCGGCCGGUGCUCUGACGGCCUCCUCAUCAUCGAUUACUUCGCGAUGGCGCUGAACCUGUCGCUGGUGAGCCCGUACCUGGACAAGGGAGCCGACUUCGCCAGCGGCGUGAACUUCGCGGUGGCCGGCGCCACGGCGCUGGACCGGUCCGUCUUGCUGCUGAGCGGCGUCAUGGCUCCGCCGGCGAGCGUGCCGCUCAGCUCCCAGCUCGACUGGUUCAAGUCGCAUCUCAACGCCACCUGCCCCUCGCAAGAAGAUUGCACGAAGAAGCUGGCCGGAGCGCUGUUCUUGGUCGGCGAGAUUGGAGGGAACGACUACAACUACGGCUUCUUGCAGGGCACUAGGUCGAUCCAGGCCAUGAAGGCCUACGUGCCACAGGUCAUAAACGCCAUUAUGGACGUCGCCAAGGAGGUGAUUGAGCUAGGAGCGACCCAGAUCAUCAUCCCGGGGAACUUCCCGAUCGGGUGCUCCCCGAGCUACCUCUCCCUCUUCUCCGUGUCUGGCGCCGGCGACCUCGACGAUCGGGGCUGCCUCAAGAGCUACAACGCCUUCGCCCAGCACCACAACGAGCUGCUCCAGGCGGCCAUCGACGGCCUCAGGAAGGCCAACACCGACGUCGCCACCAUUGUGUACGCGGACUACUACGGCGCCUUCAUGCACCUGCUCGACCAUGCUUCUCUCCUAGGCACGUACCUUACGUAG